UUUUUUAAAGACAAUUUCGUUGAGAAUUUUUAGACUUUAUAUUUUGAUGCCUGUGCAUCUGACAGAUUUUAAAUCUCUUUAGCGUUUUAUGGAAUUUAGUCAAUAUGAGUGGACGAGACCUAAAGGCGUUUGUCUUACAACACAGGAGUCGUUAUCAAGACAUGCAAGAGCAAAACCAUUUGGUAACCAGAGCUAUGGCAGGAUAUUCCAGCGACCGCUACAGACAGAUUGAUUAUGAAGAGUUUAAAUCAAUCACUAACAAGUACAAAGAAAAGGGAGAGCUUUCUAAACAGAAGGUAAAGAAACUCCAAUCCAGAGUUAGCAAAGGUCAUGAGCAAUCUCUUGUGAAACAACACAAUGUGGUUUGGGAAAAUUCUUGGAAAGGGUAUUCAAGAAAUUCAUUAAAUGUUGAAGCUGAAUGUGAUGCUGCUGUGAAGCAAUUGGUGGAAAAUACAAAGAUAUUUGAUAAGGAGUUUUCGAACCAUAUACAACAGUCAGUGUUGGGAAGAGAAAAUGAUGUUGAAAAGUUUAAAGAGGCAAUUAUUGAACCGAUUAAUGACCUCACCGGUGAUUUAAAACAUAGAAUGAAACAUCCCACAAACGAUCCUUCUAUUCCUCUGGAGGAGAGGCAGGAGGAAGAGGAGAGGAUCAUGGAUCAAAUUGAUCACGUGAAGCAUCAAAGUGAUGCUGUCUUCCGAUGGUUGCAGCAGCAAAGAGAAGCUCUGGAAGACGAUCUCGAAAAAUCAGAUAUUUUAAAUCAGGGGUCAGAUACACAAAUGCCGUCUUUAGAUUCUGCGAUUCCAGUUGAUAUCGUGUUCUCUCAUUGUCCGCUUGAUGAUGUUCGUCAUUCUGUGAUGCGACAGUUGGUUGAUCUGCACACACAAUACCAAGAAAAAUUCAACAAAGAAAACCAGAUGGUCAAUGACAUUGAAAGGCACCUAUAUAAAGAUGAAACAAAAUGGAACAGGCAGGACCACCUUACUCUUACUCUAGUGGGUGAGAUCUACCACAAACACACACCUGUGCAUUUAAAAAAGUUUAUUCCUACACUGGUGCCUGAUAUGCUGUCAAGGUUGUUAAAGGAAAAAACAAGAUGGGCAAUUUUUGAUGCAGAGUCAAGUAAUAUGAAACUGAGGUUUGCAAAAGAUCGAAUGAAGUCAAUUAUAUCUUGUUAUAUGAGAGACAAAGACAACCUUCAUGCACGAGGUCUAGCUUUGUAUAAUGAUGUGACGGAUAAAUUACGUAAAGCAAAAUGCAAAGCUGCAUUGAUACAAGAGCAAAAGAUAAUAUGUGAACGACUUCACCAAGAAUUAUCAGAAAUGUACGAACGUCAAGCUGAGAUGAUGAGGAUUGAGGAAAUGCUCUCGGAGCAACGGAGGAUGAAACAAGAGGAGGAACGAAUGAGAUCAAGAUAUAGGAUGGAGAGCAAACGACGAGAGGCUCGGGAACGAAUCCAUGAAUUCAACCAGAGAAAGGCUGACAUGGCUGAGUUAAAGAGGAAAGAGAAUGAAAAACGACUCUCACAACUUCAACUUGAGAUGGUUAAGCAAAGAAAAUCCGAUAAAGAAAGGGUCGAAUUCCGCGAGAAAAUUUACAAAGAGAAACAAGAAGAGGCGAAGGAGGAGGCGAGGAGGAAAGAGUGGGAGGAAAGUGAGAAGGAGCGACGUCUGGAAGCCCUCAGGAGCACG